UCCUGUAUUAUCGCUUCAUUUAGAUACGCUAUCCACUACUGUGGCGCUCUCAACUGCAAGGCACAAGUUCAGUGGAACAAGGGCGCAAGGAGAGAGAAAUUCCCCAGCGUUGAAGUCGAAAUGAGUUGUGGGGCUACCGACGUUAGCUGGGUCCUUCUUGGGCUUCUUGCGAUUGCCUUGUUCGGUGGAACUGAUUCAUACAGUUUUACCAGCGAGCCUUCCAACCCGACGUACUUGACCAAAGGCAUGGUGGGAAAUCUGACCUGGGAAUACGCGGCAGGCGCUGGCGAGACCGUACACGACCGCAUCUUCUUCCUGAAAAACAAUGUAAAAAUGGGAUACGUGGGUAAAACAGAAGCAGGUAUUACUAGAAAUAUAUACGAACCAUACCGUGGUAGCUAUGACAUCGCGAGUAGCUUUAAUCCCGUGACGCUGAUAUUUAAGAGCCCAAUGGACUCUGCUACACACGACGGCGAGUACGCGGUAGAUAUCCAAAUAGAGGAGACCGGUGAACAAGUCGUAUCAAGAGCAGCCAUCAAUGUUAUCGAUCCCCCUACGGUAACCAUUUCUAAUGCAAAAGUGUCUGCGGUGACCGGUUCUACUGCAGUGCUGACAGCUAACUUCAGCGUGCCGUCUGAAGUGUCUCACGAAAAGAAAUGGACCUUCCAAGCUCAAGGCUCCUCCUCCAGUCGCGAGGUCGGCCAAGGUGACAGCCUGAACCUGCCAAAUGUGCGAUCAAACCAGACAGGGAACUACACCAUCACCGUCAGCAAUCAGUACGGAGGCCGAGCUAGUGCUACUGUCGAGCUCCAAGUCAAUUCCCUACCAACAACCACACUGACAGCUUCUAAUUCAAGCGCAUGCGUAAAUGCAACUGUUACGCUGACCUGCUCCGCCACAGGCUACCCCGCGGCCUCCGAGUUCGUCUUGUAUCUCGGCAGCCAUGAGCUGGAACGAAACAGUAACGGGUAUUUUUCUGUUAAUCUCAAAACUCCUGGAUCAGCCGAGUACAAAUGUAGCGCCAAAAACGAAUACGGUGCCAGCGCCAAUGCAAGCGUGACCAUCACAGCUAAAGAACCAGUCAAAAUCACUGAUUUUCCAGCUUCUAUCCUCGUCGUCAACGGCUCAAUGGCCACUCUGAACUGCUCGGCAUCAGGUAACGGUGCCAUCAACAUCACCAUCACUAAGCAAGGCAGCAGCCAGGCGUGGGGCGGAGGCGUGGUCACAUUCUCCCCCGUAUCCGCGGCAGACCAGGCCAGGUACACCUGUACCGCCAGGGGAGGCGCCAGCGAGUGCCCAGCGGUUACCAAGAAUGCUGUUGUCAUAGUUACUGGACUCCCAGCACCCAACACGAGCCUUAACGUGACGUCACCAACCACGUGUCUAGGGGACAUCAUGGAGUUGAAAUGUGCAAGCACGGCGCUGUCUGUGGAGCAGUACAUUCUAGAAGCAUCUGGUAUGGGGCAGAUGACUAGUUUGACCGGCGACUUCAACGUCACCCUCACCGAACCGGGCAACAAGGCAUACCGCUGCCAUCCCUUGGUGAGGGGGGUCAAGUUGCCCAAUGCUACGGUAGUCGUCAAUGUGCCAGACGUCAUGGCUUCUUCUCAAAUCGCCCAAAUCGUAACGGAAGGAUCAAACGUGACGUUAGAGUGUGACGCCGGCAUCAACAAGGCAGUCUCAUGGAGAAAAGUCGGACAAGCCAAAUACCCGGUAGGAGGUAUCCGGGAAUUUGCCCCGGUCACGCUUGCAGAUGGGGGAUUGUACCAUUGCGUGACCGAGCACGCGCGCGAGUGUGCCGCCCUUGCCACCAAAACCGUCAACAUUCAAGUCAAUUCUAUCGGUUCAGUACCUCCCAACAUUACAACUAGCUUUAAAAACAUGAUUUUCAAAGAAAACGCCACAGUUCGCCUGACAUGUCAAGCCACUGGAAAUCCAGCGCCGGACGUGUACUGGACUUUGGACCGACGGAGGAUCGGAGGUAGCAACACGCUUGAGCUCAAGGCUUCAGCUGAUAACAUGGGCGUGUACGAGUGCGUAGCGGCAAAUGGCGCGGCGCCAGACGCCAAAGCCUCGGUAACACUCGAGCUUCACGUACCCGCGCUGUGUCCAUCCGACUUCUGCAGCAAUGAUGGCAAAUGCAUAUCUUCUGAUUCUUGUGACAAAAACGGCGCAUGCGCAGACAGGCGUACCUCGUUCGAGUGCGAGUGUAAACUUGGUUGGUCUAGACCUCAGUGCAAGAAGAUAGAUGAGGUUGACAUGGUGUUUGUGGGCUCCUUUAAGUUGUCAGGGAUUGCAUGGCGGGAGAGUUACGCAAACUCAGCUACCGAGAGCUACAAGAACAUAACAGCGGAAAUCCGUCAGGCGAUCGACAAGGCUUAUGAGAACAUGCCGAUAUUCGUAAGGAGCAAAGUGUUAAACUUGAGGAAAGGCAGUGUGAUCGUUGACUUUGAACUCUCAUUUAACGAGACGACGUCGCGCGAUAAAGCUUUGGAACCGCUACAGAACGUCGCGCUGACGGGAAGCCUGGGAAAAUACGGCAUUAACGGAUCCACCAUCACACUACAGGCGGCUAGCGCAGUGGACCCUUGUAACUCCUUUCCCUGUCUGCAUGACGGAACGUGCACGAGGACUGGUAACGGCUUCGAAUGCUUGUGCAAAAACUUCAGAUAUGGACCUAUCUGCCAGGAUGGAAUCGACGUGCUGCCCAUGGUGGUCAUCAUCUUGGCUCUCCUCAUCCUUCUCAUCAUUGUCACUGUUCUCGUUCUCUACUACUGCCGCAUGAGCCGCAAGGCUAAGUACUCAACAGGAUUUGAAGAAGAUGGUGAAAAAAGAUCGACAAAUGAUAGUAACAAGACAAAUACCAAAGAAAAGCAUUCAAGCAAAGAGCGUCAGAAGACAAAAGAGCGCACAUCAACCAAGGAGCGUGACACAAACAAGAAGUGUGACUCCACCAAGCGUGACUCCACCAAAAGGCGCGUGGUCACGAUGGAGCGCGUGGUUUUUACAAACAAUGGGACUACAGACCACGCCAUGGCGGUAUCAAAUGAUCCGGACCUCCGAGACGAGACUGGCGACGAGGAGGAAGAAGCAUCCAUCCCACCCUCCCCUCCCGUACUGUGGUCUGAGAAAUAUGCACAGAAAUCCGACGACAAAGACAAGACACGGCUGGUCACUGCCAAUAACUCCCCGGUUAACAGCGACGAGACCCCUCCACCACGGCAAGGCGAGUACGCUGAGGUAACCGUGGUCUUCAAAGAACCGAGGUACUUCGACGAGAUCGGAGAGACUGACACAGACACAGACACAAGCAAGAUUCCCAUCUACGCUGUACCUAACAAAUCAGAUGCAAGGGGGCAACGACACCCCUUCCACCGUGGGCGUGACCCGGAAGGGGUUGAAGGGUUCCUUGGCCUUCCGCAUUCUCAUGGUCGUCCAACCGUGGUGCCUGGGCCAAGUGGCCUACCCCCGGAGGUUCCUGGGAUUGUCGCCCAUAGCAACGCGGCUGACCAGUACGUUCGUGACUUCAACGACGAGACCGUGUACACGUUGAGUACCUCCGACGACCCGAGGUCAAUCAAACGCUCCCAAAGUUUGAAUCGGAAGGUUCACUUCGAGUUGGAAGGAAGAGACGUCGAGUUCACCCAAGUUCACAAGACUGCUUCACUGAAGAGGGACUACAAAGUCGGAACCCUCUAAAAGCCUCUAGAAGACCCAGCGCCGGUACGUCCUGAAGUACAAGCACGGAAAACUUCAUCGUGAAAUUUAAAAGUACAAUUUAGUUUAUAAUGCACAGUAAUCAGGCCAUCCUUUCUGAAUUGUUUACAGAAUAUAAUAAUUUGAAACUCUGGUCAAAGUUACGAGUUUGGUUAAAUUGUUAAAGAAAAAGAUUUAGACUUUAGAAUAAACUUGAGACUUACAGUAUAUACUAGGAGGUGUUUUUACAUGUAUAUUAGAGAACCGCACCAGCUUUCGAAAGAUUGUGUAAUUCGAUUUGUAUGAGGCACAUUCAUUUUUUCUACUAACCUUGAAAAGGUGUAAACUAUGAACAAGCACAUAUUACAUAUAUAAAGGUCUCAUAUAUAAAGGUCUACACGCACCGGAAGCCAGAGAUAACUCCAAACGUUAUUAGGCAUUCAUUAGACCAGGACUCAAUGUUAAUGACUCGUCCUCAGUCGUAACGCAAGUUUUCGGAGGGGAGGAUCGCAAAGCCUCAAGGGAGAUUUCGAAGGCGCGCAAAGCCUAAA